ACCUAAUUGGGAACAAAACAAAGCAACACCUGCAUGCCAAUCUAAAGGUUUUCCUGGUUACCCUGUUCCAGGGUAAAAGUCUAUGUUGGAGACACAUUUGUUUUAUGCUUUGUUUUUGUAGCAGUGUCUUAUCCAUAAGUUUUAGUAGUGUUAAGCUUUAGAAACUUUCUAAACUUAAAGCAAAUGUUAGUGACCAGAAACAUUUGUCAACAAGUUACUAGUAUCUGAAAUUGUUUUGAUAAAGGUGCUAUAACGCAUACUAAUUAUAAAUGUUAGUUGUAAUUCUAGUACUUUCAAAUAACCAGCUGUUUCCUAAGAAUAAGGAGAGCAGUGAUGAUGGAACUAAGGCUAGUAAUAUGAAUGGGUUAUUUGCAAUACAAUAAGUCACAUUGUUUUUUUCUAAUCCAAGUGUAAAAUUAUGAAUAUUAUGUUACACCACAAACAUCUUAAGAGAUGUUCAGGGGGAUUGAAACGUUAUACACUUCCCUGGUUUAUGAACAACGUGUCCAUGCUUACUACAACACUGUAGCCUGUGCUUUAUUUGGUCAUGAGCAAUGUGUCAAUGAUCUCCUGUCAAGCAGAACCACUUCAGUUUGUAAAUGCAUCUGGUUGACGCCUGGUUCCCAAAAAAGAAAGUGCAUCAUGACCAGAUGUAUUGUUUCAAGCCUCUUCAUAAACACCCUCAGCUGCCUAAGAAAUGAGUUGUACAUAAAGAAGAGAGAAGGACACGGGCGUCUAAUAUUUAUUCAUUCUCUGUAGCUUAAAAUAAAGAGAAGGCAAAAAAUGAGCACUUUUGGAUAUCGAAAAGAACUUGAUAAAUAUGAGGAUAUUGAUGAAGAUGAACUGUUGGCUUCAUUGACGUCAGAGGAAUUGAAGGAGCUGGAACGGGAACUUGAGGAUAUUGAUCCGGAUGGCAAUGUUCCUAUUGGACUGAGACAGAAAGACCAAACUGAGAAAACUCCAACUGGAACCUUCAGCAGAGAAGCUUUGUUAAAAUAUUGGGAAAGCGAGACCAAAAAACUUUUCGAAAAUGAAAGAAUAGCGCCAGGAAAAAGCCAGGAGGAAGAACAAGAGGAAGUCAUUGAAGAUAGUGAAGAUGAAUGUGUAACAGAAAAUAACAGUGAUGCUUCAGAGGAAGAAGCAUAUACAGAAGAUGAUGAGGAGGAAGAAGAAGAAGAAAAAGAAGAAGAGAGCCCUGUUACUGAAGAGGAUGAUGUAGAAGAGAGUGUUGUUAUAGAAAACGAGGAUGAUGAAAACAAACAAGGGGAUGUAAUUGACAGAAUGUUGCACAACACAUCAAAAAGCAGCCAUGAACAAAACAGACAAAACCAAUGUAAUGGAAAAACUGGUGUCGGUAUAAACUGUACACAAGAAACAAACGAAGAUCCUAGUCUUAAAGUAACUGCCAGCAGGCCUUGUGGUAAUCCGACUGUACUUGAUGACACCCUUGAAAAAAUAAUAAACAACAAUCUCAAUACGCAUGAAAUAAAUCUUAAUAACAUUGAAAAUAUAACCAAGGAGAUGCUCAUUCGCUUUGCCGAGGCCCUCAAGAGUAACACCAUUGUUAAGCUUUUUAGCUUGGCCAACACUCAUGCUGAUGACUAUGUUGCAUUUGCAAUUGCAAAAAUGCUUACAGAGAACAAAAGCAUUGCAAGUCUUAAUAUUGAAUCCAAUUUUGUUACAGGGAAGGGCAUCCUUGCCAUAAUGAGAGCUCUCUUGAAUAAUACUGCAUUGACAGAGCUACGGUUCCACAACCAAAGACACAUUUGUGGAGGCCAGACUGAAAUGGAAAUAGCUAAGCUAUUAAAAGAUAACACCACUCUAUUGAAAUUGGGAUAUCAUUUUGAUCUCCCAGGACCAAGAAUGAGCAUGACAAGCAUUUUGACACGGAAUCAAGAUAGACAGAGGCAGAAACGCCUCCAGCAGCAGAAGCAGCAAGAAGUGGAAAGGAGAGAAGGAUCUGAUGGACCAGUCAAUCCAAGGACCAGUGUAUUGCAAAAAGGAAUACCAGGAUCUUCUCCUUAUAUAUCUCCAAAGGGAUCGCCAUGGUCAUCUCCAAAAGUAGCUAGAUAUUCUCAAAUAAAAAGAACUGUCCAGUGCCCUCCACCUCCUCCUCCACCCCUCCCAGAGAAGAAGACACCAACCAGGAAAAUAGCAGAGGUUAUUAAACUUCACGAGCAGUCCAAAGCAAAACAACAGACUGGCCUGCAGAAAUCUAAAGUUAGGAAGAACAAAAAAACAGAGAGGGAAAACAAUAUCCUGAAGGAAUUUAAGCAUGCUCUAAAACCAAUUUCAGAGAAGAAAGCAGAUGACAGAUCCAGACCAUCCACACCCCAGAGAUCUCUUCAUGAUAAUCUGAUGGCAGCAAUCUGCAACAGUAGUAUGAAACAGCUGAAACGGGUUGAAGUUCCAGAAUGUCUUCGGUAACUGUGGAAGAGAAACAAAUGAAAACAGAUGUCCGAUUUGUGUGUUGCAUUUUUUUUUUUUAGUAAGAUCAGUGUAGCAUAUUGUAUGUACUUUGAUUAAAAUUCACAUUCAAAUCAGAUUAAAAGGUAACAAAGACUUAGCUUACUAUUUAUGCAAUGUAAUAUAACACCAAGCCAUUUGUAUAAGCUUCUGUGUUGAUACUUGCGUGAUAAAUGCUGACUUUAUUGAUUUGACUUCUUUCCUGUAAAUAAAACAUUUUCUGUAGUAAAUAUAUUCAACAUGUAGAUUCAACUGCAAUUAAACAUAUUUCCUUUGUCAUGUACAAUAUGCCACUUCCUAGUUUUACUUCUCCCAUAUUGUUACUACUGGAAUGCACAGUAUUUCUUUCUUGUAAUUAUUCAGCAACAGUACACUUAGCUAGCAGCUCUUUGUUUUCAAGAAUGCAAUUAACACUUUUUUUUUUUUGUUUUAAUAAUCAGUAGUGUUAAGAUUUCAGAAAAUGUCAUUAAAUCUAUAAUAUAGCUUUGAUAUGUAAGGAUAUAAACUAGUACUGUAUUAGAAAUUAUUUCUUCCAGUAAUAAUAAAAUAAAACAUAGCCUCCUUAUUAUUCAGUUAAUAAUUUCCACUGGAAUGCAGGGAUAAGUUCCAGUGAUUACAUUAUUUUGCAAUCAGAAUUGAAGUCAAAUAUCAAACGAUUAAGUGUUUUCUGCUCAUGGCAUAACCCAAAGUAGUUAAAUAAAAAGAGUCUUGAGAGAUCCGUUUUAAUCCACUCCCUUUCUAUUUAUGCAUCUUGGAAGUGUUCCUGGUCCCAAAUCCAUUCUGCAGCUGUUCAAAGCAAACAUGCACAUUUAGCUGUAGAGGUCCCAAACCAAACAUUCCACCUAUCCAUAUUGGGAAUGACUGAUGAAGCAACGAACCAGGUUUCCAUUUUAUAAAAGACACGAGCAGAAAUAAUUAAUAAUGGAAAAUGAUUACGAUUGCAACUUUCAAAACACUACUUUUCAUUUCUUUAAAAUCUGAAUGCUCAGUCUACGCUCGUUAUUAUUUGGUCAUUAUUUGUAACAACAACAUAUGGAGAGUGACACACCCGUUAGGUACUGCCUGCUGGACAUUGUUUUU